AGCCAAGCUACGUUAAGCUCUGUUUUAUUUGAACUUAAAUGUGUUGCUUAGCAACAGUAGAUCAAAGGACAUUCCAUUUUGCUUGUGGAAUGUUCUGUGAUGUCAUAGUCAUCACAGACCAUCAGUUUACAGGAGCAGCCAAAGUUAGAGAAAUAUUUCUACAAGCAUUUAAACGGGAAGAGAAGAGGAGAGACAAUAUUUCUACCCUCGUUUCAACGUGACGAGAAGAGAAGAGACAUGACUUCAGAAACUGUGAGGAGAAGUUCUCGCCUGCUGGCAGCAGGUUACUAUAAGGAGGAUGGAACUCCACAUCUUUCUUACAAUGAAAGAUUGUUUAAAGUCUUUAAAAAGAGGAGAAGCUACAGCUAUGACGACGACUCCAUGAGUUCUUACAGCAGCCAGGAAUUUAAUUACUUUGGAGGAUACUGUCAAAAUUUCAUCCAGUACACCAGAGAUGACAGUGAGGACAUACCACUCUUGGUACAAAACAAUGAGACUCAGACCACCUGGACUGGAAGUCUUCAUAAAAGGGACACUGAAACUCAAACCACACAGACAUGGACUCAGCACAGUGAAACCCAGACCCCCAGAUGCACAACAGGAAAUAUGCAAACUCAGACCAUCCCUGCAGCCAGGACAACAUGGAGCUCUCUUUGGUUGAAGAUCUCUUGUUUCUUGCUGAUGCUUCUGCUAAACUUUGGACUCACACAUGUGUACCUAAAAUUUGGAGUCCAGCAGGAGUCCAGCAGAAAUCAGCCAUGGGAUGACAUGGUUUUUCCUAGGGCAAACACCUUUCCAAACUUUGCUCUGGAAUCACUAGGUGCCAGCGUACUUGGACAUUUGUCUUCGGAUACGUAUCACCCCCAAGACAACACUGGUUAUAUAUGGGACGACAGAAUCCACAGGCUGUAUGCUUACCAAAAACAAAGGACAGUGAUCCAGGGACAUCCAUGGUUAAAUCCAGGAGAAUGCUGGCCUUUCGCAGGAGAACAAGGACACCUCUUCAUUUCACUGUCCCAUCCAGUGUCUAUCACCCACGUGACGCUCGGUCACAUCACAAAAAGCAAGUCCCCCAAUGGACACAUCGCAAGUGCUCCGAGAGAAUUCUCCGUAUAUGGAUUUACAACAACUGACGAGGAAGGUGUCUUCUUGGGAAGACAGGUUUAUAAUCCAGACGGAGCAGAACAGCAGACCUUUGCAAUGCCUAAUCAUGACAAAGGUGUCUUCAGAUAUGUGAAAGUGAUGAUAGAGAACAACUGGGGCAACAGUGACCACACCUGUCUUUACAGCUUCAAGGUCCACGGUGCUGCUGUCUGCUCUGCUCUCGGCGCUGGUGGUCUGCUGGCAACGCCAAAGUUACCGUCUGUCAUCGAUCGACCUUUGCAAGUGUCCUGA